CUGUCGUCUCGUGGACUUCCUGGUUUCACGCUCAGUGAAGAAAUCCGUAGGACGAGAAAGAGAGCGAGAGAAAGCCUAGAUAUCUAAAGACAGACGUUUAUACAGACAGCAGGAGGCAUGUGGGCUCUCUCUGAAAUGCGCACUGAAAUUGAGGAAGCGACUGACUAGCGAAAAGUAUUGAAAAAAACUCGCGCUUCACCUCCGUGGACGGUUUGCCAGUGUUGGCUGUCCUCCCGAUCUCGGACAGCGGUCAGAGCCGGUUUUGAGGGAGCUGCCGAGAUGUUGUAACCAUGGACAGCAGAAUAAACGAAAAUCCAGGGAAGACGUUUGAUCUGGUUCUACAGGUGCGAUGUCCGGCUACAGAAAAUGAAGAUCCAGUGGUGUUGUGGAAGUUCCCCCAGGACUUCGAAGACCAGGUUGGCAACGAAGUGCUGCAGACUGUGCCCAAGUUUUGCUUCCCUUUUGACGUUGAACGGGUUUCCCAAAAUCAGGUCGGCCAGAACUUUACCUUUGUGCUGACAGACAUUGAAAGCAAGCAAAGGUUUGGAUUCUGCCGUCUGACUUCGGGUUGCAAGGUCUGCAUUUGCCUUCUCAGUUAUCUCCCAUGGUUUGAGAUUUACUAUAAGCUGCUAAACACACUGGCAGACUACUUAUGUAAACACCAGGAAAAUGACUUGAAUGACAUGUUAAAAUCUUUGUACUGCCUCCCAGUGCCAAAGCCAAACAGUCCCGUCAGUCUAAGUGUGAACGAGCAGUUGCACAUUGCCACUGGGCAGGUUGCAAAAGACCCCCGAAGCCAGAAGCCGCAUUCGUACUUCAUAGCUCCUGAUAUUAAUGGACUUCCUACCAUUCCUGAAAGUAGAAACCUGACUGAAUACUUUGUUGCUGUGGAUGUGAAUAAUAUGUUGCAACUCUAUGCCAGUAUGCUGCAUGAACGACGAAUAAUUAUUACCUCAAGCAAGCUUAGCACUUUAACUGCAUGCGUUCACGGGUCCGCUGCCAUGCUGUAUCCAAUGUACUGGCAACACAUUUACAUCCCUGUGCUUCCGCCACAUCUCCUGGAUUACUGCUGUGCCCCCAUGCCGUAUCUCAUUGGAGUUCAUCUCAGUUUAUUGGAGAGAGUUAAGAGUAGAUCCCUGGAAGAUGUGGUCAUCUUAAACGUCGAUACAAACAUGCUGGAAAGCCCCACGGAUGACCUGCAGAACCUGCCAAGUGAUGUGAUCUCCACGCUGAAGAGCAAGCUGAAAAAGCAGUCGACGGCGACAGGCAGUGGGGUGGCCCGGGCCUUUCUCCGGGCUCAAGCUGCCCUUUUCGGAUCCUAUCGGGAUGCCCUGCGAUACAAACCUGGAGAGCCGAUCACCUUCUGUGAAGAAAGCUUUGUGGCACAUCGCUCCAGCACUAUGAGAUGCUUCCUCGAAAUGGCCGUCAACCUCCAGCUUUUCAAACAGUUCAUCGAUGGCAGGCUGGCGAAACUGAACGCAGGACGAGGCUUUACGGAUAUCUUUGAGGAGGAGAUCACGGACGGGGGGUUCUGUGGAUCUAAUUCAAGAUCGUAUCAGCAAUGGAUGCAAACAGUGAAGAAAGGGGGUGCUCUCAUAAACACUGCUGUCACAAAGGCCAGUCCAGCUGUAAAAACUGUUUACCGAUACGCCAAGAGCCACGCCAAGCAAGGAAUAAAAGAAAUGAAGAGCAGGCUGAAACAAAGGGAUGAAGAAGAGGGUACUGUGUGUGCAGGCUCUCCCACCAGCACAAGGAGCCUCUCGCCCAAGAGGCUGCAGAAGCGGAGUAAGCAUUACUCAAAGUUCCCCAUGGGCUGUUCCGAAUUCGCCCUAGAUGACGAUGAACUGGACACGGCCAGCAAGAUCUCCUCUGAGGAUAGUGCAGACGUUCCUUCGCAGGACAGUGACGACUCGUACGAGGUCCGCUCCGACUUGCAGGAUACCGGUCAGAUGAACUUGCUGGAAGAGAUCCUGGACACCCUGAGCAACACCAGCCUUGACCAGGGCAGGCUUUCUGGAGCCAAGAGUCUGGAUUUCUUCCGGUCUAUGGAUGACCUUGACUACAAGGCGCCGAACAAGUCCAACCCCCCCAGUGAGGGUAACCUGGCUCAGCUCUGUCCCAGUAGUGGUGAACGAGAGAGCUGGAACCUGGGACAGGACGACAGCUCCAUCCGCGGGAGGCAGCUGCCCCCUUCUCCUCGAAGGCAUACCAGUGCGGGCGCCAGUUACUUUUGCGACACAAUCCUUCCAGUGGACCCCGCGCCUCCGGCCGAUGCGGCCAAUGAGAAUAGCCUCCAGGAGAAUCCAACGUCGGAUGCCCCAGGCUCCGAGCUUCAGAGGGGGAGCGGGGUCCUCCUGAGGCGGAAGGUGCUCUCCAAGCGGACCCUGAAGCAGUACCAAGAUCGUGCGCAGCUGGAGGACGGAGCCCAACCGGCGCCACGACAGCCUUCCAUGCUGGUGGCCUGGGAGAAUGUAAGCGGGCAGGGUAACACUCCAGCUGAGGCUCUGGACAAGGGCCUGCUGGAGGAGAUCCAGGCCGUUUACCAGAAUAGCGCACCUCUCAGCACUGGCCCGCACUCCUCUGAGGUCAAGAGUGAUGUCUUCCACAAGUCCUGAAAAUGUUAGGGGGGGGUGGGGGCUUAGGGUUAGUGUUAUUCUUGAUCACUUUCUUUGUCCUUUCUAUUUAAUUAAUCGCUUUCGUUUUUUUUGUUAAUAACAGAUUAAAUGUGUGAGCAUGCUGGUGCUCGCGCUAAUUUCAUUUCCUGUCCUUACACUGGCAAAAUUUUAAUGUCCCUGUUAAAUUAGGACUGCAGUCUUUGGUAACACUUGGGGAUGAUACCUUCCAGCAGAAAUGGAAAUAUUGUUUCGGUUCAAAAGGGUUAAAAAGGGAUUUCUGUCAUUGACAUCGUUAUUGUACAGAUUAAUUUUUUUUCUUUGCCCUUUUAGUUUACGUUGUGUAGUACUUGCACUGUAGGGUACUGUUGUCACUUCAAAGGUACAGAUAUAUCACUGUGUUCAUAUGAGCAAUCAAAUGAAGGCUUUUAACACCAGAUUAUUCAUUUAAAGCUUCUGUAACAGCUUCACCAGGCUUUGAGUCUUGCAUUAGAACUUGUGUCCCUUUCCUGUGCAGUCGUGUAAAAUGCCUUAAAUAGAUCACUGUCACUUAAUAUGCAGCAGUUCUGAAACAAAGGAGUAACCAAUCACUUAAUAUUUGAAACUUGUGCAUAUGUAAAAUUUCCAUCUCAUCCCGUCUGCAGAAAACCUUUUGUAAAGACAUUUUUAUUGACUAACUGAUCAUGUUUCUAUUUGAAGGUAAUUUUAGUGUCUUUCCUCAGGUCAUAUUCGUGCUUGCACUGUGGGGUGUAGGAUUUUCCGCGUAGGUGUGGAAAUGCAGAUGUGAUCCAAACUCACCAAGGAUAUGGGGCGAGGCAGAGUCCCUUUGUGGGACUCUCCUGUGUCUCAGGAGCGCGGGGGAAUGGGUGUGCGGGUCUUUUGGUACGCUGGCUGUAGUCUUGGUUUUGUAGGUUUCUUUCUUUUCUUUUUUUUUUUUGAGUUUUGCAAAUGAUACACCCCUUAUAUGGCUUUCCAAGCUGCUGCCUACAGCUAGGAAGCGUUCAAGUGCUUGAAUAUAACAUGAUAAGCAAUACGUUUAAAAUGACUUGGGUGUCUUGCACAGGUAAGGACAUGGUCUUGGAAAAUGAUGAUGUUCUCCUAUGGAGAGGAUGCAACCUAAAGCAGAAGUCGGUGAUUGCGGAUGUUAUGCUGUGAGCUAUGUAGCCCACACUGUUCGUGGUUGUCUAAGAGGCUCUCUGUCUAACCUUUUAUAUUGCAUUUAAUUUCGAAAGACACUUUAAGAGUAGCUUUUACCAUUCUUAUGCUGUAGUAAUGAUCUGGUCGUAAAGCAAUAAGUGUGUCAUUAAUGACUUAAUUUGAACUGAUUAAUCACCAGAUGGACUAUUUUCCUCAGUUGUUCACUACCUUACUCAUCACCACCAGCACCACCAAUGAGCGUUAAAAUAGUACCGUUGUAUCUGUAUACUGUCUCGCAAGAAAAUGGCUGCAUUUUCAAGUAAUAAAAAUGUAAUCUUGUUAAAGGAAACAAUGUUUUACCCCCCCCCCCCCCCCAAUUAGAAUAAGAAUAGAAACAAGAAUAUCGUUAUUAUAUAUGAUGUUUAUGGACAUACAUGAAUUUGUGUGACUAAAGGAACCAAAAUGAUUAUUUAACAUCCAUCAUAAAAGUUAAAAUGAGGCAAAAUUAAAAUGCAGAGUUAUCUGUAUUACCUUAUAAAUAAGUAGCUUUGGCAUUUUGAAAGUCAUUUGGCAUAAUAACUAAUCAAAUGUUAAGCAUCUCUGUAGGUCACAGGAACGUAAGCCUUUAAUUUAUUCCAGUGGUACCUGGCUUUGUUUUUAUAUGUGGCUACACUAAUGGGUAUUUUUAUUAUAAUAAAUGUAGCAUUUUUUGACUGUAAGCAUUGCAAUGCUGGGUAAUGUUUGAGUGUUAAAAUGUUUUGUACUUGUGAACGAUACUGUGUAAAGCAUGAAUACUGUAAAGUGUUGAGUUCAAGGCUGAGAGGUGUGCCUUACAUACAUGCUUUUCUUGACCAAUAGCAAGUGUUUGCCAAUCAGUUCCCCAGUGAUAAUCUGCCAGAAGAAUUUGUGUAAACACAAAAAAGUAUUAACUAAAAUGUUUUAUUGCGCUUUCGACUCUGUGUCGGUGUUCUUAAAGGCAGUAAUUUCAGUGUUUUAUGGUUUUUUUUUCUUCUUUUUAAAAAUUGAUCUGCCUGAAUAUAUUCUGAUGGCAUAUUCCUGAUGCUGCUUUUAAGAAAUUCAAAAUAUAAGACAUCAAAGACAGAAUAACACACAUUGAAAAUGCCAACUGAAAGUUUAAGUUUUUGUUUUUUUGGUAAACCGAUUAAAUUAACCAUUACCCAUAAAGCAAAGUAACACUAUAAAGGAGUCGUGUUACAUAUAGUCUACCUAAAACAAAAAUGUAGAGCAAAAUAACGCCUAGUUUUCUCUUAAGUAUUUUUUUCCGCCUUUGUGGUAUUUCCAGCAUUACACAAGGGGGGAAUCCCAUGAUGAUGUAAAAGCAGUUAAUUUUAUUUGUUUUUACCCCAUGUCCAUAUCAUUAGCAGUCACUGUUUACAUUGCAAGUUAACCAGGUUGUCAUGUACGUAUUUUAUAUAUAUAUAUUUUCCUGUCAAAAAAAUGCAACGAUACAUGUCCUGCUCUUUUUGCUAUAUUGAUAUAUGUUUAAACCAAUCAAUAAAUUUGAAUGCCUAUAAUUAAUGUCCACAUUAUACUUUAAUAGUUGAUAACGGUGUUUUUUUAAGUAUCUUAAUGCAGCAUCUACUCGUAUAGUGUAUGAUUUUUUUUUGUUGACAUGUUCAUCGUACCAUCAUUUGUAUAUUUCCAUGUUCAUUUCAUUUGCUUGAACUCUGGUUUGGUUGCUGUAAAUCCUCGUAUUUACAGAAAUAACACAUGGCCCUCUAGGGUGGAGGGACAGGCUAAGAUGUUUAAAGGGUGAGUGAAGCAAUUUUAUUACUGACGUUGCAAGAUCCUCAUUUCUCAGUAUGUUUCCAUAACAGGCUUAUAUUUGCCAGUAAACAUUCCCUCAAAUGAUUGGUUCCUCAUUAAAACUUAAAGCAGCAGCAGCAGCAGAAAACUCAGACAAUUUGGGCUUCGUAAUUCACCAGGAACAUUUUACUACUUAUAAAAAUGAAUUUAACUUCUGGGAUGGUACAUUAUGCAUUGUGGACAGGGAUUGUUCUCUCUGCGUUAUAUUCCAAGUGCUGUACAGAACAUUGGUGAUAUUGUGUGAUGCUCACUAGACUGUUUUUUCAUUUUUUUUUGCCAUUUUAUAAGUUAAUUUAAAUUUUUAUUUAAAAUUUUGACUUUAACAAGAGGUUGCAUUAAUCAUUGAGCACUGUGGUACGGAUGUUGAAUCAAAACCACUGUGAAUUUUAAUUGUAUAUGCUGACCAUAUUGCCUAAUGGUUCUUAGUCAUGUGUACACAUCCAUAAGAUGCAAGGUUCAUUCCAUAAAAAUUGACAGUACCGGCAGAUUACAAUUUUUGUCUAUACUGUGAGUGUACAUACACACACACAUAUAUAUAAAUAACAAUUCAUCCAUCAAAAGCCAGCAUUCCAAAGGCUGUUCUGUUCCUCUUAAUUACUGCAUAACUUGGUUCACACUUGCAUGUCCUCCAGAAAUAACUCUGGUAAUACAACCUGACAAUACAUAGUGUUGUUGAGCAAAUAGAACAACUGAAUAUGUGGUAGCUACUCACUGUGAGAAAAUAAAAACAAAAUAUGGAUGUUUA